AUGGAUGAAGGUAAUACCAGUCAAUCCUGUGAGACCAGCUCUAAAGAAGCAGCUCUUUUGGCCCUAAUGGACAGAAAAGGCUACAGUAUGGUGCAAGAAAAUGGACAAAGAAAAUUUGGUGGUCCACCUCCAGGUUGGGAGGGCCCUCCUCCUCCACGUGGCUGUGAGGUGUUUGUUGGUAAGAUCCCGAGAGACAUGUAUGAAGAUGAACUGGUUCCUGUCUUCGAGAGGGCUGGUAACAUUUAUGAGUUCCGUCUGAUGAUGGAGUUCAGCGGGGAGAACCGCGGUUACGCCUUCGUCAUGUACACCACCCGCGAGGCUGCCCAACAAGCCAUCCAGCUCCUUGACAACUACGAAAUCCGCCCGGGAAAGUUCAUAGGAGUGUGUGUGAGUCUGGACAACUGCCGCCUGUUUAUUGGAUCCAUCCCGAAGGACAAGAGAAAGGAGGAGAUCCAAGAGGAGAUGAUGAAGGUGACUGAAGGCGUGGUGGAUGUCAUUGUGUACCCCAGUGCAGCGGACAGGACGAAGAACCGUGGCUUUGCCUUUGUUGAGUAUGAAUCCCACAAGGCAGCUGCCAUGGCACGCAGAAAGCUUAUACCAGGAACUUUUCAGUUGUGGGGCCACACCAUUCAGGUUGACUGGGCAGAACCAGAAAAGGAACUGGACGAGGAAACCAUGCAGCGAGUGCGAGUCCUGUAUGUCCGUAAUCUCAUGCUGAACACCACAGAGGAGACUCUCCGCUCCGAAUUCUCGCAUGUGAAGCCCGGCGCUGUUGAACGCGUUAAGAAGCUGACGGACUAUGCAUUCGUCCACUUUUAUAACCGCGAGGAUGCUUUGAGCGCGCUGGAAACUAUGAAUGGAAAACUUAUCGAUGGCUCACCCAUCGAAGUCACCCUAGCCAAGCCUGUCAGCAAGGAUGCAAACAGAAGAUCUGGACAACGAGGCAACAGCAACGGAUCAUCAGCCGGUGGAAGCUAUUGCGAUUUCAACUUCUUGUACCAGAGUAAAGAUGAAGUGAAAACAGGAAUGAUCAGCGAUGGGUUAACUUCACGCACGCUUGGCUUGUCACCGCACUUGGGAAGCCCAUACGCCGCGGACUUGGAUCGCUGCAUGUAUCCGUUUAUGCCGGGAUCCACUCUGGUCCCUGUCAACCUGAGUGUCCUGAAGCCUAGUCAGCUAAGCUCAGCUGUAUCACUGCUGGAUUACUACUGCCACAAGAAUGAGUGGUCUCCACCGGAGUAUCACCUGUACUCCCUAGCAGGACAGGAGGGGAAAACACUGCUCAUCUACAAAGUGGUCAUCGGCAGGAGCAGCUAUAUGCCUGAUAAAGUCUGUUCCAUACUGGAGGAUGCAAAAGAGCUUGCUGCUCAAAAUGCGCUAUGGAACCUGGAUUGCUCAAUCACUUGCCCUGGCUCUCCUGUGAAUCUGUCUCCUCCUGCACCUACUGGCUCCAGUUUCCUGUCUUUUGGCUGUAGAUCUGUGCCGUACCCAGCCUACCCCAUGGCGCCCAUCUCACCUCCCUUACCCAUCUCCUGCUCGCCCGGCCAAAGACUCUUUAUACCGAACCAGUCAUCGUUUCUGUAGUAAACCAAAUCAGUUCGUACAAAGAUACUGUGAGUUUUAUUUAAACGUUCAUGUGUUAAGUUAUUAUUAUGGUUUGGCAGUUACUUUAUACUACUAGCUAUUUCA